UAUGAGAGAGAGAGAGAGAGAGAGGCAGCAUCAAGUCACCAGGACAGGCUCCACCGUCCGCACGCUCUAAGGGACAAGACCAAGCACCAGGAGGCUAUAUUCCACUAAAAUCAUGGAUGGGACAAAGCCGGCCAUGGAGUCCAACGCAGAGGAAACCCAGGAUGAGGGACAGGAGAGCAAAGGAUGCUCCGAGUGCUGCCUCAAGUGUCUGGGCGGGGUGCCCUACGCCUCGCUGGUGGCCACCAUCCUCUGCUUCUCGGGCGUGGCCCUGUUCUGCGGGUGUGGGCACGUGGCGCUGACCGGGACCCUGACCAUGCUGGAGAACCACUUCUCCAGGGUCACCAGUGACCACGCCACCCUCGCAACCGUGAUCCAGAUCUUUCAGUACAUCAUCUACGGCAUCGCCUCCUUCUUCUUCGUCUACGCCAUCCUGCUGCUGGGCGAGGGCUUUUACACAACCAGCGCRAUCAAGAAGGAGCUGCAGAGCGACUUCAAGACGACCGUCUGCGGACGCUGCAUCACCGCCUUCUUCAUGUUCCUGACCUACAUCUUCGCUCUGGUCUUCAUCGCCAUCUUCUGCUUCACGGCCAUCCCGGUCUUCCUCUUCUUCAACAUGUGGAACACCUGCGCUGCCAUGAGGUCUCCGGACGCCAACAUCACGUCUCCUGCCUCCAUCUGUGUGGAUGUGAGGCAGUACGGUCUUGUAUCCUUGAACGCCACGCCUGGAAAAGCCUGUGGGACCACACUGGGAGAUAUUUGUAACACCAGCGAGUUCUACUUGUCCUACCACCUCUACAUCGUGGCACUGGCCGGCGCCGGAGCCACCGUCAUCGCUUUGAUCCACUACCUGAUGAUUCUAGCGGCCAACUGGGCUUAUCUGAAGAGCGCCGUCUCCACACACGAGUACCAGGACAUCAAGACCAAGGAUGAUCAGGACCUGGAGGCCGAGGCGCGUUCCAAGGAGGGCCAGAACUCCUCCUCCUACUCAUAAGGACAUGACCUCCUCUCCAGCCAUUGUCCAUCUCCUCUCCAGAUGUCAGUCCUCAUCCCACAACACCUAACACCCUCCCCUCCCUUCAAAAACAAAGCCCCUCAGUCAUGUUCGACACCCCCCCACCCCCCGGUCUCCUGAUUCUCCAUCCUCUUGGCUUUCGGCGAUGCUUGGUCGCAGUUCAGGUUGCUGAGCGCACGCUCGCAGCGGAGCAGGAGGAGGAUCGAGGGUCAGGAGAAGCAGCCGGCCCCCCCUGACGGAGGCCGAUGCUUCGGGACGGGAGGGGCUCGCCCGCCGGGGUCGAGCUCAGGUACAGUKCAUCGGGUUUAGAAGCGCCUCCCCUCCUCCCCACCCCCCGUCGUGUUUUUCGGGGCGGCGGCUCGUGAACGUGGCCCGGCUGUGAUGGCCUCGCGCCCUGAGCCAACACAGCCUCUCGACACACAACUAACAGCCUAAAA